UCGGGGGGGGGUGGGGGGGUGGGAAUCCGCGCCGGAGCCGACUUGCAGCGGGUCAGCACCGGGUGUGCGGUGAGCGUAGGGCGGCAAAGUUCUGCCGGCGGGACGUGGGGUAUGUGGUGCCUGCCCGCGGUGGAUCACAGGGAAAGGUUGCGUUGGGGUGAGGGAAGAGACCCGGGGAGGGCGCCCGGGCUGCCCCCGCCGGGGCCGCAGCGGGGCUGGGGGGGAAAAGGUUCCAGGCCGCCCUCUCCCCGCUCCUCUCUCCGGAAAACUCGGGGUUUCCUCUUUGUGCUACUCGUGUAACCCGCUUUAAAAGAAAUACAGCGUCCUGGGAAAGUCAUCGGGACCCAAAACACACUUGAAAACGGUCCGUGGAAGCGUAGGUGCGUUUUAAUUGCUGAGCUCCCUGCCCUGCUGGAACAUCCUCUGUUUAAAGAGUUCUUGUGCAGUUAUUUGGUAAAUAAUGAAGGUUCUGUUGCUGAAGGAUCCCAAAGACAAAGAUUCAGGACCGGAUCCGUAUAUUAAAGAAUUAGGAUUAUAUGGAUUUGAAGCAACUUUGAUUCCAGUUUUGUCAUUUGAAUUCAUCUCUCUUGAAAGCUUAUUUGAAAAGCUCUCUCAUCCAGAAUGUUACGGGGGCCUAGUUUUUACCAGUCCAAGAGCAUUAGAAGCCAUCAAAAUAUGUUUAAAAGAAUAUAGUAAAAAUGAAGCCUGGUCAAAAUCUUUUAAGCAAAGAUGGAAUAGCAAACCAACCUACGUGGUAGGAAAAGCUACAGCUUCUCUAGUGGAGGAAAUUGGUCUUAUUCCACAAGGAGAAAAGUCUGGAAAUGCUGAAAAAUUAGCUGAAUUUAUUUGCUCAAGGGAGAAACCUAAUUCCUCAGCUCUUCUUUUUCCUUGUGGAGCCCUGAAAAGAGAAGUACUUCCUACAGUACUUAGAGAAAAAGGUAUACCUCUGGAAAGCCUUACUGUUUAUCAAACGACACAACACACUGACCUGCAAGAAUCUUUGAGCGCUUAUUUCUCGCAACAGGGAAUUCCAGCAAGCAUCGUGUUCUUCAGUCCUUCUGGUGUCAAGUUUUGCCUCCAGCACAUUCAGAAGCUUUCUGGGGAUUUUAUCAACCAUAUCAAGUUUGCUGCUAUCGGUCCAACAACUGCGGAAGCCAUGGAAGCGGCAGGAAUCCCAGUUAGCUGCACUGCAGAGAGUCCGACUCCCCCAGACCUCGCCGCGGGGCUCCAGAAAGCACUUCACUGCCAGAACUGCUGUUUGUCUAAAUAAGAGCACAGCGUGCAGCUGAAGAUGAAUAUGGUGCUGUAGAAGUUUUGGGUUUUUUGUUUUUUUUUUUUUUUUUUUUUUUUUGUUUUUUUGUUUUUUUGUUUUUUUUCUUUCCAUUUUGCAGAGCUGUUGUCCUGCAAGAAAGUAUUUUUCAGGAACAUGCAGCAGUGCCCUUGUCAGGGCCUGCUGUGAGAAGCUUGCACCUAUCUAAGAAAUCCAGAAUCUGUCCAGCAUCUCUUAAAGCAUCUAGCUAUUCCCCUUUUCUCACGUGUGUAGUAUUUUAUGUGGACAUUCCUGGAAGACUAGUUGUGAGACACUAACUGCAUCAGAGCAGUAUAUUGAAAUAAGUGCAGUGUAUCACCUCAGGUAUCUCCUAGCACACAAGGUAAGGUUUUCAUUUCUCUGUAGAAUCAGCUUUACGUGCACAUCUUUCUCUUUUGUAGAAGAAAAGCAUGCUUACACGGAAGUAUUUUCUGUGGUAAAGCUUACUUGUUCGUUGCUCUGCUUUUCAAGUAUUUAUAUGAAAAUGAUGAUUGUAGAUUCUCAAUGGAAUAGGACAAUUCUUGCAGUGAAGUUGCACUGUGUGGAGCUAAUAGCAGAUCAGCUAUUGCCACUCAAUAUCCUUACAGUACAGGGUCUUAAAACAUUAGUUUUUGGUUUCUAUUCCUGUAAUGAAGGAGAAUUAUUAACAGAGAAAUAAAUUGGCUUAUCAUCAUUAA